CGCGCGACGAUGUCGAUGUCGUCGAUCGCGCCCAGCGCGUCUCCGCGCAUCGCGCCGCCGUCCGCGGCGUCGUCGCGGGCGCGAACAACCCGAAGAAGAAGAAGCAGAUGCCGGGGAUGCCGGUCAAGCCGAACAAGAAGGCGAGCGGCGGCGGCAAGAAGAAGAAGAAGGGCGACGGCGACGGACUCGGCGUCGGCGGCAUGAUGAACGUCUUAGAUUCGAUAAAAAAAGGCGCGCCCGCGGUCCCGGGUCUGAGCAAGAUGAACGCGCAGCGGUACGCGUGGGGCGCCGCGGAAGCGACCGGCCCGAGGGAGUACAUGGAAGACGCGUGGGUCGUCAAAGAGACCGGCCUCGGCGGCGGGUAUUUCUUCGCGAGCGUCAUGGACGGUCACGGCGGCGCCGCGUCGAGCGCGUACCUCCGCGAGAACCUCUUCUCGCUCCUCGACGAAAAGAUCCCUAAGUUUGGCGCGGGCGAAGGCACCCCGGGUGCCGUCCCCGACGGCACCCCCGACGGCGGCUACCUCGCCAAGUCCCUCAAGACGGGCUUCGACGCCGCGGACGAGUCGCUCAUCGAUCACAUCGCGCGCCUCGGCGAGCCCGAGUGCUGGAGCGGCAGCACGUGCACGAGCGUCCUCGUCCGCGACGACCGCGUCGUCGCCGCCAACGUCGGCGACUCGCGCGCGGUGCUCAUUCGAAAGGGCAAGGCGUUGGAGUUGACCGCGGAUCAUCGACCGCUGGGGAGCUCGGUCACGGGAAGGCAGGAGAUGGAUCGGAUCACGCGCGCGGGCGGGUGGUCCGUCGGCGGACGCGUCUGCGGCAUCCUCGCGGUGUCGCGCGCCUUUGGGGAUUACGAGUUCAAGGGCGGACGGUUCGACCUCCUGAACGACCUCAGCGAGGAGCCGCUGGCGAAGAAAGCGACGCUCGCGGAGCCGCCGGUGGUGCCCACGCCGGCGGUGAAGGAGAUCGCGCGCGACGCCGAGACGGACGAGUGGCUCGUGAUCGCGUCUGACGGGCUGUGGGACACGGUUAACUCCACCGCGUGCGCGACGUUCAUCUCGCAGGAGUGCAAGAAGAACCCGGGGAUGCGCGCGGACGCCCUCGCGGACGCGCUCGUGAAGCGCGCGAUUCGGUUCCGGACGCAGGAUAACGUGUGCGUCGUCGUGGUGGACUUGCGACGGAAAGAAGCCGCGACCGCCGCGUGAUGAGCGCGACGCGCGAAGGACGGAGGGAGGGAGGGAGGAGGGAGGAGAGCGAGCGACGCGACGCGACGCGACGCGACGGAUCGACGGAGAACGAACGACGGGCGGCGCGUCGAGCGCGAGUAUUAUCAACUACACUAACAUCAGCGAAC